AUGCAAUCACUGCGAAGAGCGUCAGGCGCGUGCGCGGUGGCGUUGCUCGCGCUGCUCCUCUGCGACGCCCUUGUCCCGUCUCCUUAUUAUACGGUGACGGCGGCAACGGAAGAAGUUGAGGAGCGUGCAUUGGACCCCGCCGCUUUCUCGAACCUUGUCCAACUUACAGAAGCCGUACUGGCCCCUGUGUGGGGCACUGGAGGGUACGCCUACGCUAUGGACGGGUUCGACGCCAAUCGCACACGCUCGCUGCGCCCUGUGUGCAUCCACACCCGCACCUCGCCGAGCCUGGUGACGGCACCCUUCACCUUCGCCAUGUUCGACCGGCAGUUCAGUCCACUGUACGGCGUCACUGCAGACAACACUGCAGCGAGCGUGCGCGGCCAACUCGACCUGCAGCGCCGCUGCUACGUUUCCCUCGCAGCCGCAGCGUCGAUCCCGUUGACGUCGCCCACAAGGACGGACACCGAGGCGUGCAUCGCCGGUUUUGUGUCGCAGGCUGCUCAAUGCGCCUUGGGCAGCGAGGACGCGUUGGACCUGAACUGGACCGCGGACGCGCUCACCUCAGAAGCGUCAGCGACAGCGGAACCCGCGCAGACCACUGCGUCGCUCCCGGCGAGCGGGUUGAGUGCAUCGGAGCUGUUCGCCACAUUUCUCAACGACUACCUUCCCCAGCGAGCGUGGCUGCGCACUGUCGUCCCCCGCAGCCUCGACGUUCUCCACACCGCCAUGCAAGCCGCUCGUGUUUUUCACACCAGCGCUGCGGCUCUCACCGAGGCUGACGAAGUUUCAGACAUGCAGAGAGCCAUUGCAUCGGAGUGGAAUACCUAUCUGUGGAACACCUACGGACCUCAGUUGCGGCGCAAGUGGAACCUGUUCUAUCGGUUCGCGGUGGCGACGCUGACAAGAGGUGGCAUCGCACCCUCCCUCAAGGUGAAUGCCUCCGUGAAUGUGUCCGGGUAUUCCAUCACCGGUGUCGCGGGGCCUGUGCGGGUGACGUCAUGCCCCUUGGUGGAUGCAUGGCUGCCGCUGCGCUACAGUCCAGACGACUUGAGCGUGACCCGACUUGCACACUUCAUGGAAGCUGCCCUAAACGGUCUGGCGGAGUCUCUUGCAGCCAUACAUCGCAGCUCCAGCAGCGGCGGCAACGUCGCGCAGACAGACGAUCUUCUUUUCCAUCUCAUCCACAGUGCGUACUGCGUCACCACGACAAACCUCUUCUCCCUUACCGCCCUCCUCGACCGAGCCUUCCUGCAAGUCGUGUCCUCGGCUUGGCUGGACGUGGCAGACCGAUCCGAUUCAUGGGCGUGGCAGACGAUGAGGACCGCCUCCGUCACAGAGGCGAUGAACAGCGCGUCCGCUUUUCAGAGCUCGACCUCCGCCCAGGUGCGCGCGUUGUCCAGCUCCCUAUCAACCUCUCUUGAAAAGUCGUUUGUGAGGUGUCUCGCGUCUUUCCUUGAUCCGACGACCCCGCUCACGUCGACCACGGUGGUUUCCCCAUCCGACUGCGUGCGGCAGUUCCUGGAGACGCGCGAUGCGUCGGUCAGCCUUUCCGAGAACUUCACUGUGCUGUUCGAGCUCGAUCAGCUGUCUGCCGUGUCGUCGGCUGGUAGUGUUCCUGGCAUGACCCGAUACGAGUCCGUCGUGGCGCUGCCUGUCGUGGGCGGGGCUGUUCGCGAGUCCCUUCAGUGGUUUGCGGUGCAAGAAAGCGCGCUCGCUCUCACCGCACAGACCUCCCUCUUUACGCCCGCUCCCUCCUCGGCUCCCCUCAGCGACUCGUGCACAAGCGGGACACAGAGCCCUGUCUCGGGAAGAGGGGGGGACUGGAUCUACGAUUGCCCGGCAGGCACCUACGUCCUGGAAGAAGAUGCGGCGUGUGCUACGUGCCCCUCCGCGUGCGCUGCACUCCGGUCUGCCUUCGCCAGGGCGGCGGUCCCGGUGUACUGCCCAGGAGAUGGCCUCCUGCACGGCUGCCCUCCUCGGCCAGUCGAUGCUGUCUACGCGGGUAGUACCGACGAAGGCCAGACAGGACCCUACGCUAUCUGCCGCUACGCGUGUGCAAACGUCUACACCGCGCCCAUGAACUACAGCUGCCUGUCAGUCAGCGGCACGUACUACAACACCGCCGCGACGGGAAACGUGGAUGUGUACAACGGAGGCGGGCUCUCACCGUGUAGGGAGCCGACCUCCCUAUUUCCCGCCGCGGCGCCUGUGCGUUCGCAGACACGCUUGUACGCCUUCGUGGGCAGCGGGACGACCAACGCACCCCUCACGUGUCCUUUUACGCUGCUGCACCGCGCGACGUCCUCCGCUGUCACGCUGAAAGCGUUGGUGGCGGCAGGCCUUGCGCCGCCGCGGCCCUUCUUUCACCUCGAUGCACCCGUUGCCGCCGCCGCCUCCACGCUCUCUCCCUUGCUCUCCCGCAGUGGUGUGACGUGGGAGGUGGAAGUGCAGCUCAACGCAACGCAGAUGUACGCUAUGCACGCCGCACUGCGUCCGUCCCUGAAGGAGCAGACGGGCAACGGCCCCGCCACUCCAACAUCUACCGUUGCACAUGAGCUGGUCGCCUGGCAGAGGAUCUCGUCGGACGACAGCAGUGCAGGCGACGCCGAACGCGUCUUGGCGUGGUAUCUCGUGUCCACCUUUGCUCAGACAAGCGAUGGCGACAACGCCACGGUAAGUCUGCAAUUCCUGCUCAACCUCUCGGUCGCCACUCCGCCAACAGCGGCAGCACCAGCAGCAUCUUCGGUGAGCACAGUCGACUUCACCACAGCCUCUUCCUCCACUACUACUUCCACUACUUCUGUGCCUUCGUCUCUCGUCGUUUUGAGCUCGGCGUGGUUGUGGUCUCCGUCAUCGAGCAACACAGCCACUGCACCCUUGAGCACGUCGACCUAUCGAGCUGUGCUGAACCGUGCGACAAACACCAUCGCGUUUUACGUGGAUGGCAGCAGUACCCCGCUGGGGGCCACAUCUGUGACGGUGGACUGGCCUCUAUGGGCACCAGCAGCACCCACCACAACAAUGAUGACACCAGAAGCCACCACGACAAACAUGGGCACCAACUCAGCUGCAGCGUCGACAGACGCAUCUUUCUUUCUCUCCGUGGGCGGGUGGGUUGCGGGCUACGCGGAAUCGCGCCAGUGGAUUCUCGUCACGCCCUCGACCACGGCCUCUGCGUCUCAUGCAGCCUCAGGCAGCGUUACCCUGCCUCUCUAUUACGACUAUCUACCAGGGAUGGUGACGCGUGUCUUGUCCGCUGCCUCCCUCAUCCACCCUCUCCAAGACACACUACAAUCCGCCGAGAACUCCUGGCACGCACAGGCAUCCGCACGGGCCGCCGCACAAGCUGAACAGGUGGCGCAGCUCACCUCGCUGCUGGACCUGGCCCAUUACGUUUCCAUCGCGCCCGCCGUCGCGUCAAGCGUCAGCAGCACCCUCCACGCCUUGGCGUUGCGGACUACAAAAGGGUUGGAUGGUGUGUGCCGCCCGGAUUACGGUGUUCUGCCGACGUCUCGCUCUGAUGCAGUGUGCGAGGUGUGCAUGAAGGGCGCUUACACGGUGAUGGACAUCGCGACCACGGCAGGAAGUAACAGGUGUACCUGCGUCCCUCAGCGAGUGUGGACAGUCGAAACAGACGCCGCCACCAAUCAGCCAAUCAGCGUCUGUCGAGUGCGAAGGGCUGGUCCUGCCAUGCCGCAGGGCAGCUUGACAGCGGCGGGCACUCUCUAUGUGGACGGUGAUGUGGUCGACCGAGCAAGCGCGACCACGGCGCGUAUUCCACUCGGCUGGUACGCCGCGGCAGCCGUGGCGAGCGCGGAUUCAACUCUGACAACGUCGUUGAGUACCUCCGUACUGUGCACCCUCGGCCUCACCAGCCCCACCACGACAACAAACUACUCCGCCGAAGCGCACUUCAACACUUCAGUGAUGCUGCGAUACACAACGGGACUUGGAGGAGAGACGUGUGAGGCACGAGCAGCAGCUUUUGGUGGCGGUGCCUCUUCCGCUGCUGUGUCAUCACCGUCGUUCGUUGUGGAUUCCACGUCCGGCAUUACAAAGCCCACUUACACCGACCUUCGACUCUACAGCACGCGUCUGCAGGCCCCUGCGCUAACGGGCGCAGACAUCACGCUCAAGAACAACUCAGCGCUCUUCACCGAUCAGACGGUGUUUGCAAUUGGCGUGCACGACUACGCACUUCUCUCCUUCUACGCAGUGCACUCGAUUUUGAAGAUGGCGCAGAUGACAGAGUAUCAGCUGGCGUUCCUCGCAUACGUCCUGCGCAGCGCCACCGUGUCCUCAAAGCUGGAUUGUGACGGAGAUCAGCGGAAGGGCAGCGCAGCGCGUGAUUUCACGUGGGUAAGCGGAUCGGCGCUAAACACCUCUGUGCUCUGGCUAAACCUCACAGAAACGAUUACGCGCGACUGCGUUGUGACGCUUCGCGUAACCAGCACAGCGACAGCCGCCAGCGAGUCCACCGUGCCCUUUCCUUCAUGGCCUCAUUCGUACCUGCGUGUCCCGCCCAGCAUACCGCCGUCGUCUUUCUUUGAAAGUUCCCCUACGCUCGUGUAUGUCGUGCGAGCCCCCUCGGCAGCGUUCACCGCGACAGAGAAACACAACGUACUGGGUGAGCUGAGCAGUUUUCUCAUGGCGGGGUGCAUCGUCCUGCUCUCUCUCGCGUUGGGCGUCCUCCGUGCGAUCAGCGAGUUCGCCCCUUCACUCGAGUUGCUCCCGUGGAGGCGCUAUGAACGGGAGAUGGAGAAACUGGUGACGGGCGAGGAAGACAACUAG